CACCAUAUAAGCGAAGGGGACCAUGGAGACCGUCACACGCUUUCCAGGAUCUCUCAGCAGCCAACCUCGCUUCUCCUAUAGCCCUCGCCACCAUGCGCACUUCUGCUCAGACUGCCGGCGCUCUGGCGCUGCUGGCGCUGCUGGUUCUGAUGCUGAGUUCUUCGAUUCUAGCAUCUGAUCCCCCAACCUCCUGCUGCUUCAGCUACACAAAAAAGAGGAUUCCACGUAAUCUUGUGAUCGAUUUCUUUGAAACAAAUAGCAGAUGCUCUCAGCCAGCUGUUGUGUUCAUCACACGGAAAAAACUACAAAUUUGUACCAAUCCCUCUGAGAAGUGGGUCCAAGAUCAUAUGAAUUACUUGAAAGCGAACAGAACAGUGCAUGCAACUGCGGCGUAUUAGAAGAGAUGAAAAAUUAACGGGAUAACACAAUUGCACACAUACUUGCUUAAUCAAGCAAUUCUCCAGGUGCAACAGCACUUUAAAUCUCAGGAACUUAUUUUAAAAUAUUUAAAGUAUUUUAUUUGGGGAAUGAAUGUUCACUCCUAUUAAUUAUUUUAUUUAUGAAGAAAGUGCAAGAUGAAGAACUUUGUAUAUGUUUAUGUAUUUGCGUUUAUAAUAUACAUCAAAUUGAAAAAAAUAUUUGUGUUAAUAAAUAUUUUUCUAUUAAUAUUA